AUGUCCAUGUCGUCGUCGCAAUAUGCCGACUUGCUACACUUGGUGCAAGGGAAUCCAGAACUUGCUGAUAAGAUCAGAACCUUGCGAUUGGGCUUAGAAGCUGACGACCUGCUCGAGCACUUCAAAUACGACGCCGUUAUUGACCAGGAUUGCACCACCCAUACCGAAUACGAGCGAAACGACAGUCACGCUAUCCGCAUCGUGAAGAGGAAAUGGUACCGCCGCCCCGAACCCUUAGGAUGGGGGAUAUACGGCAAGGUCUGGCUGGAGAGUGAUGAGGCCGACACGCAUCGUCGGGCAGUCAAGGUCGUGCAAAAGGACUUGAUGGAACGCGAUAGCAUCGACUACAAGAGGGAGAUUCUCGCACUGGCCAAGUUCUCGAAACCGCAGUACCAACAGCAGGAGGUCCUGGUCAGCUUUCUGGGCUGGAUGGAAGACCCCUCCAACCUUUACCUUUAUAUGGAGUUCUUCCCACUAGGGGUUCUCGAAAGCCACAUAUCCGAGUCUAUCCCCGAGGAAGAGGUCAAGGAUAUCACCACCAAUCUCCUUAAUGGCCUACGGAUAAUCCACGCUGAGCAGUUCACCCACCGCGACCUCAAACCCGGCAACAUCUUCGUGGCCCGAAAGCCCCCGGUCGCCCGAUGGUGGGUCAAGAUUGGCGACUUUGGCAUUGCGAAGCGAGUGAACCAUGAGAGGACAGCCCUUUACACUUCCAUCGGUACCCCAAAGUACACUGCUCCAGAGGUGAGCGGAGAUCUGGAUACCGACGAACCAACAUCAAUCUAUGAUAACGCAGCCGACAUGUGGUCUUUGGGCUGCGUGGUAUUCAGGAUCGCUACUCAGCAAGACCCAUUUCCGACGCGUAGAGACGUGCGGAGGUUCUGUGACGGGCGGACACCCUUUCCCGACGAACCACUUCGGGGGAAAAUGUGUCUGGAUGGAGUAGAACUUGUCAGGGCGCUCAUCUCUCCUUUGCCCACCGAGCGCAUAUCUGCAGAGGCCGCUCUGGGUAUGGCUUGGAUUCAAAAUCGCAAUCGGAACACGCUCGUAGCGACGGAUGAUGAAUGGGUUGACGGAUCGAGCCACAUGUCUACGCCAGGUCGAAGCACGUCGUCCAUUGACUUUAACAAGGCUCCAAAGGACCAGAUAGCAACGAUCAGCGACGAAAGUUAUUCCCAGCUGGGUUACCCAAGUUCUGGAACUGGGAAGGUUCCUUCUACUCCCAAGGGGGGAGUAACGAUACGAAGCGGCAAAACCCAGGCUCAGCCGACUCGCCGAAGACCUAAAGUGCCAGAAGCUCGUGCUGCUGAGCCUACUUUAUCCUCUUCACGAAGCCCUUUUUAUCUGAGUCAUACAGACCCUCCAAGGCAUAAGAUAUCAAACUCGAGCGGCAAAGUUCCGUCCCAGCAGCAUCAUUCAAAACCCGAUUCCGCGUCUGCGCAGGCUCUUCGUCGUAGCCCCGCGGUUUUUGAGGAACAUAAAGCAAAGCGGUCUCACGCCGCAGGACAAGCCAGAAACCUGCAACAAGAUGACAGGUCAGAAGUUGCAGGACGAAGACAAAGGUAUCCUGCCGAGCAGUCUUCACAGUCCGAACGGUCCGAAUCACCAGAGCCCAUUCUGUCCGGUGUAGAGGGCCACACAAGCGUCCUCAAGGCGCAUGUGGUGCCGGAGAACCACACGUUGAACAUCAUCGCCAUCCAUGGUAUGGAGAACACGGCAGACGGAGCCUGGGCUCACAUCGAUGGCGGGGUGGAAGUCAACUGGCUUACACAUCCCGACAUGCUUCCGAAAGCCAUGCCCACGGCCAGCAUAUACACAUUCGAGUGGAGUGUGCCUUUCGGUAGCGAAAGCAUAAGCGGGCUGCUAGAGCGCCGUGGGUUUGAGCUCAGGCAUAGGUGGCAGGAGGCGCUGACUCGGACGCCAAAACCCACGGUUGUCAUUGCUUGUGACUUUGGUGGGCUAGUGCUGGCCAGUGCUCUCGCCCAAGCCGAAGGCAGGCGCGACGCACAAGCAUGGCUACUGGACUCCCUACGAGGCCUGGUCUUCCUCGGGACUCCGUUCCGCGGGACUGAUGCCGACGGGCUACAGCGAUGGCAGGCCUACCACUCCCACAUCGUGCAGCUGGGUCAGACGAAGAAGAACUUAUCAACCGCCGACACGGUGAGCCGAACGCGACUGAUCAGCAUUCUGGACAUUGCUCACACGCCCUUUCUCAAACGAACCUGCCAAGGCUUGGAGAGGGCAAUCACCAACCACAACCGCACCAUCCCCACCGUCUGUUACUACGAGAUCCACGACACCAAGUUCAAACGAAACCCUCUCACGCUCAAGCGGCCGGCCAAGCCGGGCGUGCUGGUCGAAUCCACCGAAGCCUGGCCCGGCAUCACCUCCGUCCACCAGGCGGGCCUACCCACUGAUCACCGCGGGCUGAAUAAAUUUGCCAGUCCACAUGAUCCCAGCUAUCGCAAGCUGCGAGAUCAGAUUCUCGCUUUUGUGGGCGAUACCGUGCCGCGGACUCUGCCCUCGGAGUGGGACUAUGAAGACGUCCAUGUUGAGGAGUAUGCGACUCGGUAGCGGCCUGGACAUGGCCACACGAGGGACUUGCAGUCGAGGUGAUUUCCGGUCAACCAGAAGCAAUAAGUUUCGAUUUUCACAGAGACAGGAGAUGUCUAAGGCUUUCCCACCGACCCUCUACCUUACAAUCCAUGGUAUUGGACAAUCGAUCGACCCAUCCUUCCUCGGCAUAUAACCCGAUUCAUGGAACCCGUUCUAUCCCGUACAUUUAGUAUAUAAAUGUGAUCCUGCGGAUAAUCAAGGACGUGCCGAGGGACUUCGGUCGCUUAAGCGCUCCACUCAUAAUAAAGGAAAACCUCUGAAUUCAACAACAUCCGAUAUGGUGUAGUGGCUAACAUCGCCGUCUCUCACACGGCAGCCGGGGGUUCGAUUCCCCCUAUCGGAGCUCAAUUUCUCUUUUGUUUUUUGUGUUGUUUUAUCUG